CAGAACUGCCCAGGGAGGUGGUGGGCUGCGUCUUCCCACUGGCUCCCCAGUUCUGGACCAUGCACCCCAGUGCCUGUCAGCUGGGCCCCAGGCAAGGACUCGAUUUCCUGAGCUGAGGGCUCAAACUUUUCUAUUUUUCUUCUCCCCCACAACUGAAUCAUGCCAUGUGCCCAGAGGAGCUGGCUCGCAAACUUUCCCCUCCUGGUCCACCUCCUCUACUUCGGGACACUCUGCUGUGGGCGCCAGGCUCCGCUGGGCACGGUCCGCUUCCCGGACAAGAGACAAGAGCAUUUUAUGCAGGCCCUGCCAGAGUACCACGUGGUGGGGCCUGUCCGCGUGGAUGCGAGUGGGCAUUUCCUAUCCUAUGGCUUGCACCGUCCCGUUCCCAGCAGCAGGCGGAAGAGAGAUUUGGAUGGCCCAGAUGACCCAGUGUACUACAGGAUUUCCCUUGAGGAGAAGGACCUCUUCUUGAACUUGACCGCCCAUCGGGAAUUUCUCUCUAAUGACUACAUCGUGGAGCGCCGGUAUGGAAAUCUCUCCCAGGUGAAGAUGGCAGCUUCCUCCGGACCCCGCUGCCAUCUCAGGGGCACCAUUCUGCAGCAGGGUACCCGAAUCGGGACAGCAGCUCUCAGUGCCUGCCAUGGACUGGUGAGUUCAUCUUCCCUUGGUGUUCCCAGGGGCUAGUGAAUCAUCUGGGGUGCCCACUGCA